AUGGAGGUGACUAGAAAGAAUUUUAAAGAGAGCCUCCCUUUGAUAAGCGAGUCUAUAGAUAAGGCAGAUUUUUUAGUUAUAGAUGCUGAAUUUACGGGCCUAAUAAACGGUCGGGACGUGUCAAUAUUUGAUUCUCCCGAAGAGUACUACACAACUUUGCUCAAUGGAUCUACAGAGUUUUUACUUAUUCAGUAUGGUUUGUGCGCUUUUUAUUGGGAUGAAAAGGAAAACCAUUAUAUGAAUGACGCAUACAAUUUCUACUUAUUCCCACGCGGUCGCCCAGGGCCCGAAAAAAUGUUUCUCUGCCAGAGCUCUAGUUUAGACUUUCUGGCUUCACAGGGCUUUGAUUUCAAUAAACUUAUAAAAGAAGGUAUUUCAUAUAUGACAGAGCCAACCGAGACUAGAUUACGUGAAAUUCUUAUAGAGCGUCAGAAAUCUUAUUCAAAUGAAAAGGACACCAUUACUAUACCAGAAGAGAAUAAACAACAAAUUGAAAGUAUAUGCAAAAAAGUGCGCGACUUCCUGGAUGAGAAUAAAUCCGAUGAGAUGGAGAUAGACCGCUGCAAUGCGUUUAUUAGGCGGCUGUUAUUUCAAGAGCUUGGCACACGGUUCAAAAACGAGUUAUUUAUCGAAACCAAGAUAUUGGAGAACAAAAAUAGGAUUCUUAAGGUCACGCGGUUAAAAUCAGAGAAUGAAGGGAAGAAUAAGGAUAACCAAAAGAAGGAGAAGGAGUGGGAAGAGUUUGAAGAUGCUGUUGGCUUUUCGAAAGUAGCACGAAUGAUCAGUCAGUCAGAAAAAUUGGUGAUAGGUCACAAUAUGUUGUUAGACCUCAUACACACACUUAACCAUUUCUUUCAACCAUUACCUGCAGAUUAUACAUCUUUCAAAGAAUUCGCACAUUGCAUGUUCCCUCGGUUACUAGACACGAAAUAUAUGUCAAGCCUCCCCCCAUUCAAGGACAAAGUUAACUCUAGCGUCUUGCAGCAUUUGCUUGCGACACUGUCGGAGCCGCCGUUUUCAGUUCCUAAAGCAGAGUCGGUGGCGGGGCGCGGGUACCAGCGUGCGGACGACAAGGCGCACGAGGCGGGCUACGACGCGUACGUGACGGGGCUGUGCUUCCUGGCCAUGCACGCGCACCUGGCGCGCAUGCGCGGCGAGGUCGCGGCGCGCCUGCCCCAAGCCGAUACCGCGCCACUCAAGCCCUUCCUCAACAAGCUGUUCCUCGCCAAGACCGCGCACCAGGACUCGCCCUACAUGAACCUCAGCGGCGACGAUCCUACACCAUCAAGAGAUCAUGUAUUCCACUUGACAUUCCCAAAAGAAUGGCAGAGAAAUGACAUCAAUCAGCUGUUCAGUGCAUUUGGUCCAAUAACGAUGCAGUUCUUAGAUGACACGUCAGCGUUGGUGGCGCUUUCACGGCGGGAACAAGCGCGAACCGUAACGCGAACGUUCGCGAACAACGCACGCAUCUCUCUCGUCCCUUACGUCAAGUACAAACGGCUUAGUUCUAAGGUACAACAACAGCCCGUGGAAUGUGUACGUGAAAGGUUAUCGAGCAACGAGCUGACGUCAGCAGUGAACACAUCUGACCUUUCCAGAACGGGCCAAGGGUCAGUCCCCAAAUCGCCGAGCGGAUCCCGUACACGAUCGAACAGUGUAUCGUCUCCGUCUGCACCUCCUCCAAGAAAGAGGACUUCAUCUGGCGUAUUUCAGGUUGAUGAAACCGAACCUCCGCCCAAAAGGCCCGAACUUACUCAAUCUAAGUCGGACAAUUCAAAGAAACGGCCCGAAGCCAUCUCAAAUGGCAGGCGGAAGACAGCCGAGAGUGAGAACGAGAAGACAAGCGAGAAAAUCAAAGAGAAGAAGAAAGAAAUGGUUAUAGAGAGGUUUGACAACGAAGGCAAGUCGAAUUGUGUCUCAGCUUUCAAAGAGAGUGAUAGUUGGGAUUAA